CAAACCAUGUGCUAAGUGCUAACAUGGCGAUUUUUCUUGCUCAUCAACAUCAUUCAUAGCAAAUCGUUCUAAUAAUGUUCGGUUGUUAUGGGAUUGGCAUUUGAUGUCCAGUAUUUUAUACUUUUUGACCUAUUUUCAUCGUUUUAUACAUCAUAAAAUUGACGUGUAAGCAUGAGUGUCGACGCGUAUGGUCCAAGUUCUCAAACGUUGACAUUUUUAGACACAGAGGAAGCAGAUCUUAUCGGUGCUGAUACCCAAGGAUCGGAAUUUGAAUUUACUGAUUUCACUCUUCCGUCGCAAAGCCAAACACAAGCAUCCCAACACGAUCAUGGACUAACAUCAUCCAACCAAGUGAAUGGCCUUGGACGGACAGAUCUUAACUCGAAACUUUCAAGUGUAGGGAAUACUAUAGCGGAAUUGCAAUUUGAGGAAGAGGAUGAAGCACUGUACAGUAGCAAGGAACUACCAGAUCAUGCAUGCAAAUAUUGUGGUAUUCACGACCCUGCAACCGUUGUUAUGUGCAAUAUAUGUAACAAAUGGUUUUGUAAUGGACGAGGUAAUACCUCUGGAUCACACAUAAUUAACCAUCUAGUAAGAGCGAAACACAAGGAAGCAGCGUUGCACCGUGAUGGACCUCUCGGAGAAACAUUACUGGAAUGCUAUUCAUGUGGUGCUCGGAAUGUUUUUGUUCUUGGCUUUAUACCUGCCAAGGCUGAUUCAGUUGUCGUACUUCUGUGUCGUCAACCCUGUGCCGCGCAAAGUUCUCUUAAAGAUAUGAAUUGGGAUCAAGAACAAUGGAAACCAUUAAUUUCUGAUCGUGCAUUUCUAUCGUGGCUUGUGAAAGUACCAUCAGAAGCAGAACAAAUGAGAGCCCGUCAAGUAACACCUCAGCAAAUAGGACGCCUCGAAGAACUUUGGCGUGACAAUGUCGAUGCUACUUUCCAAGAUUUAGAAAAGCCUGGAGUAGAUGAGGAACCGCAUCAGGUUCUGUUAAGAUAUGAAGAUGGAUAUCAAUAUCAGAAUAUCUUCGGUCCACUUGUAAAAUUAGAAGCUGAUUAUGAUAAGAGACUCAAGGAAUCACAAACACAAGAAGGAAUAGAGGUUCGUUGGGAUGUUGGUCUCAAUAAAAAAACAAUUGCAUACUUUACGCUAGCCAAGACCGAUAGCGACAUGAAGCUCAUGCAUGGAGACGAACUGAGACUGAGAUAUGUUGGUGAGCUCCACAAAGCCUGGUCAGGUGUUGGUCAUGUGAUCAAAGUGCCUGAUAAUUAUGGAGACGAUGUUGGUCUGGAGCUGAAAAGUGGAGCUGGAGCUCCUCUUGACUGUACUUCGAAUUUUGUAGUUGAUUUUAUCUGGAAAAGUACAUCUUUUGACAGGAUGCAGUUGGCUCUCCGCAAGUUUGCAGUGGACGAUUCGUCGGUUUCCGGCUACAUAUACCGCCGCCUGUUAGGGCACGAAGUGGAGGAAGUCCUGUUUCGCGUUCAUCUGCCGAAACACUUUAGUGCGCCGAACCUACCUGACCUGAACAGGUCUCAGGUAUAUGCUGUCAAACAUGCUCUUCAACGUCCUCUUUCCUUGAUCCAAGGCCCUCCGGGAACAGGCAAAACCGUCACUUCGGCGACCAUUGUGUAUCAACUCGUUCGGCAAAACGGCGGCCCAGUACUGGUUUGUGCGCCGUCUAAUACUGCUGUAGACCAACUCACUGAGAAAAUACAUAGAACUGGACUUAAAGUAGUCCGUCUUUGCGCAAAAUCUAGAGAAGCAAUGGAGUCUUCUGUGUCCUUCUUGGCACUGCACGAACAGGCACGUGCCUUGGGUUCGGCCGACAGCGAGUUACGCAAGUUGACGAGGUUGAAAGAAGAAGCUGGCGAGUUAUCUGCCGCCGAUGAGAGACGCUAUCGAGCCCUUCGUCGAGCUGCAGAGAGACGACUCUUGGAUGCUGCUGACGUGGUUUGCACCACAUGUGUCGGGGCAGGCGAUCCGAGAGUAGCUCGAAUGCGUUUCCAAUCAAUCCUCAUAGACGAAGGCAUGCAGUCUACUGAGCCCGAAUGUAUGGUACCGGUGGUGCUGGGAGCGAGGCAACUGAUUCUUGUCGGCGAUCAUUGUCAGUUGGGGCCCGUCGUAAUGUGCAAGAAAGCCGCCAAGGCGGGCCUGAGCCAGAGUCUGUUCGAGCGACUUGUGGUCCUUGGCAUUCGUCCUUUUAGGUUAGAGGUACAGUAUCGUAUGCAUCCUGAACUGUCACGGUUUCCGUCGGAUUUCUUUUACGAAGGUUCUCUUCAGAAUGGAGUGAGUGCAGAAGAAAGACGUUUACACAAAAUCGAUUUUCCUUGGCCGCGACCAGAUAGACCGAUGUUCUUUUAUGUCACUCAAGGACAGGAGGAGAUAGCCGGCUCGGGAACGUCUUACUUAAAUCGGACGGAAGCGGCCAACGUAGAAAAGCUUACGACCCGCUUUUUAAAAGCCGGCGUCCGGCCCGAACAGAUCGGUAUCAUAACGCCGUACGAGGGACAGCGAUCGUAUCUCGUGCAACAUAUGCAGUACCAGGGCAGCUUGCACGCCAAACUCUACCAGGAGAUCGAAGUGGCCAGCGUGGACGCCUUUCAGGGCCGAGAAAAAGACAUCAUCAUCAUGUCCUGCGUCCGCUCGAACGAACACCAGGGCAUAGGGUUCCUGAGCGACCCGCGUCGACUGAACGUCGCCCUGACGCGGGCCAAGUACGGCCUCAUCGUAGUCGGCAACCCGAAGGUCCUCAGCAAGCAGCCCCUUUGGAACCACCUGCUCGCCUUCUACAAGGAGCGCCGCGUGCUCACCGAGGGCCCGCUGUCGAACCUCAAGGAGUCCGCCAUCCAGUUCGCCAAGCCCAAGAAGCUGGUGAACGCGCACAACCCCGGCUCGCACUUCAUGUCCACGUCGAUGUUCGACGCGCGCGAGGCCAUGGUGCCGGGCUCGGUGUACGACCGCGCGCGGCCGCCGCGCGACCCGCUGGCCGCCGUGCGCCCCGAGCGCGCCGAGCGCGCGCCCGUGCCGAGCGCCGCCUUCCCCGCGCCGCGCCUGCGCCCGCCCGCCGAGCCGCCGCGCGCGCGCCGCCGCCCGCCGCGCCUGUCGCAGGAGCCGCUGUCGCAGCAGCCGCCGCUGUCGCUGUCGCAGGGCGCCUCGCAGCCCGACUUCAGCCAGGAGUCGGCCGCGCCCGACUGCCCGUCGCAGCCCGACGGCCUUCUGUCGCAGGACUCCACGUACCAGGGCGGCUUCCGCGCGCGCGCCGGCCAGUACUGAGAGCCGACCUCGCUCCUCCGGGGUGGACGACACGCUGCCGACGAGAGCCGGCCGACUCGGGCGGGGACGCCGCGCUCGGCCUCACGCGGCCGGGCGGACCGCGCGGGAAACGCCUUUCCGGUAGAUUCGAUUCUAACGCGCGAGGAAAUUUUAUAAUAAAUUUACAGGAAUAGAAAUAGAGAUGUUUGAUCAAAUAAUUCGGGAAUAUACACGUUGACACAUAGAUCAUAGUAUCGGAACUGCUCCGACUGCGGCGGCGGCUACGAUUCGCUCCUACAUGCCGACGACCUUUCGGCACUAAAUUUGUUUAAACUUGUGAUUCGACAAUCGUACAUCGUUACCGUUUCAAAUCCAAAGUACGGAAUCAUCAUCAUUCGCCCUUCAGUAGUUAACUUCUUUAUUUUAAAAACUAAAACAUACAAAGAAAAGGAUAGCAUGAUAGAACUUUACUCAAUUAGGGCAAUCUUAACACGGUUUUGUUUCCAUUAUUCAUUACCUUUGGUAUAAGCAAUCAUUAAAAUCAAUGCUCUGUCUUAGACAAUAUCCAGCAAUAAAUGCUUGUUGUUUUUCCUUCAUAAACUAAGAUGUUAUUGUUACUACAAAAACAGAAUAUAUUGUACAUCAUUGAAACUGUUUACACUCGAGAGUACCGAAUAACUAAAUAAAUGUGUUAACAAUAUCAUACAUACAGUCAUUAGUCGUAAACCGAAACGUCAAGGCCUAUUGUUAUGAUUUAAUGUCUGAUUUUUUUAUUUAAAAAUCUUUUAUUAUUGAAGUUCAUAUUUUACAUCUUGAACUAAAACAAACAAGAUUAUUUUGAUGUUACUUUAUUUACAUGUUUGCACAAUUGAUAAUAAAAUGAACUAAUCACAGAUUAAAAUUAACAUUCUACAUAAGUUAUGAUGUUCAGAAAUUUUACCUCAUUUUAUUUAGUAUAAUAUAUUUACCGAAUACAUAUGUAGAAAAUAUAAAUAAGUUUUUAAAUGUUGACAUUUUUUGUCGACCAAACUAUUGCUGAAAUAA